AUGUCCAGAAGUGAGUUUGUUCGUAAUGUUACAGAAAACCCAGAUAUCUGGUGCGACACAAGUAGACUUCAUUUAUUUAGUGUCGCUCCUUUUGAUGUCUUUGGAGAAGAGGAUCUCAGUGGAAUUGAUAGGUAUGGUGGUGGUGAAACGGUGGCCCAAAGAAUGGAGGAGGGUAUGGGUAACGGCGGUGGUGGGGUUGGUAUCGGUGGCGAUGAUGGUGAUGGUAAAGUUGGAGGUUUCGAGCGAGCAAAAUGGUGGAAGAGGUUGUGGGCCUGGUGUAAAAAACUAACAAACAAAUACAUUAGACGCCGUUCAAAAAGGUAA